AUGUCAUCAGGCCUUACAGAGGAACAAAAGAGAAGAAUUGAAGAGAACCGCCAGUUGGCUUUGGCUAGGAGAGCAGAGAGGAUAGCAGCCCAGAGAGGUGGGCACACGGGGAUCACUGGACCUCAGGUGAAAGAACAGAAUCCAGGCCAUCGGGGAAGCUUGAAGGACGAGAACUAUCAUGUCAGCUUCAUUAGCCAGCACAAACAGAAUCCAAACAGUCCCAUGGAGCAGAAGAGCUAUCUUCAGAAAGAUUAUAAUCAUUACCCUGCAAACCAACAGAUGGCUGGUUCACAUGGAGAGCAACAAAAGAAUUGUUCAGAGAACUCAGAACAAGCAAGUGGCAUUAAGCCUACAAUGAUCCCAAAUUCUCUGAGUUAUUCCCAUAAACAUUACUUGGAUGCUGGUGGUCAGGAACAUGGACAACAAGCUUUAAUUAAUCUUGGUACAUUCCAGCAGCCCAAAUGCUACCCAGCUUUCAAAACCCCUACAGAACCAUCUCAUCCCAGAUUAAUUGAUAACGGGCACCCUGACGGUAGUAAAGAUUUACAGAGUCAGAACAAAUCUGCCAUAAAAUAUGUUUCACCACCAAGCAGCGCCAACCCAAGUGAUUCAGAAAUGCUGAUAAGCACAAGCAGACCAAAGGAAAGAGAAGGGGGAGGUGGUAGGAUGCAGAAACUGACCAGCUCUUUCAGUGCAGGCUCUGCCUUUGAAGCUGCCUCUUGCAAGAAAGCAAAUAGUGUUACAAGAGGAAAAUGUGUGAAAUAUGGGGAAGACCGAUUUCAGGUUGAAAUAGGCUAUAAUGCUGAACUUAUUGCAGUGUUUAAGAAGAUACCAAGCAAAAGCUAUGAUCCUGAUAUGAAAAAAUGGAAUUUCAGCCUGGAAGAUUACAGCAAUUUCAUGGAAGCAGCAAAUCAACUUUCGUCAGUAAUUCUGGCACCACUGGAAGGAGAAAAUGCACUUGCCUUGGCAUCAGGCUCUUGUUUGGCUGGCAAUAGGGUUGAUGUGAAAUCCCUCUUGAAGAUGUGCAAGAACUGGAAGAAACCCUCAGCCUGUGUCAAAGGCAAGUGCAUGCUGAUCUCUCACUUGCGGUUUGAGGUUGAUAUUGGGUAUUCUGCAGAAGUAAUUGGAGUGUUCAAGCAGAUGGAUUCCAGAAAUUAUGAUAUCAACACCAAAAAGUGGAAUUUCCUGCUGGAGGACUAUCCCAAACUAAUGGAAGUGUUACAGAGCCUUGUGUCAGUAGAAGUGGAGCCGCUGCCAGAUGCAGUGAUACAAGCCUUUGCUGCUCAAAUACAGAGAUCUACAUCACGGACAGAUGUUCCUGAUGCUGACCUUUCAGUAGUGGACUCCAAAAUUGUGAAGAGCCUCAUGCCCUUUCAGCGGGAAGGUGUGAAUUUUGCAAUCUUAAGAAAUGGACGUUUACUUAUUGCGGAUGACAUGGGCUUGGGCAAGACUGUCCAGGCAAUCUGCAUUGCUGCGUAUUACCAGAAGGAAUGGCCUUUGCUGGUGGUGACUCCUUCUUCUGUGAGGUUUACAUGGGCAGAGGCAUUUCACAGGUGGCUUCCGUCCUUGAGUCCAGGUAGCACCAAUGUCAUAGUGACUGGCAAAGACAACCUAACAGCAGGCUUGAUCAAUAUUGUCAGCUUUGACCUCCUCAGCAAGAUGGACAAGCAACUUCGGAGCACUUUCCAAGUAGUUAUUAUUGAUGAAUCUCAUUUCCUAAAGAACAUAAAAACUGCACGAUGCCGAGCUGCCAUGCCUCUACUCAAGGCUGCCAGGAGAGUGAUCCUGCUUUCAGGAACCCCUGCUAUGUCACGGCCUGCAGAGCUCUACACGCAGAUUGCAGCUGUCCAGCCAGCCUUCUUCCCCCAGUUCCACUCCUUUGGGCUACGCUAUUGCGAUGCCAGGAAGAUGCCGUGGGGUUGGGACUACUCUGGAUCAUCCAAUUUAACUGAACUGAAAAUUUUGCUGGAAGAGUCCAUCAUGAUCCGACGUCUGAAAUCAGAUGUGCUUUCCCAGCUUCCAGCAAAGCAACGGAAAAUGGUUGUGGUGGCUCCUGAAAAGAUUGGUGCAAAGACCAAAGCUGUCUUGGCAGCUGAAGCAAAGAUGAUGACCAAAGGAUAUAAAAGUAAACAACAGGAGAAGGAAGCACUUCUUGUCUUCUACAGCAGCACAGCAGAAGCUAAAAUCCAUUCAGUCGUAGAAUACGUCCUGGACUUACUGGAAAGUGGCAAUAAUAAAUUCCUGGUGUUUGCUCAUCACAAGAUAGUGCUGGAUGCAAUAGUUGCAGAGCUGGAGAAGAAACAUGUUGAAUACAUUCGCAUUGAUGGCUCCACACCUUCAGCCGAGCGACAGUCUCUGUGCCAGAAGUUCCAGUUGUCAGAGAAGCAGGUGGUGGCUGUUCUGUCCCUCACUGCUGCAAACAUGGGCCUGACAUUGUCUGCUGCAGACCUGGUGGUGUUUGCAGAGCUCUUCUGGAAUCCAGGGGUUUUGAUCCAAGCAGAAGAUCGGGCACAUCGAAUUGGACAGACCAGCUCUGUUAAUGUUCACUACCUGGUGGCUAAAGGCACAGCAGAUGACUACUUAUG